AGAGGUGAACAGCACACACAUCCACCACACCACCUCCGGCCACCACACCGUCUUCACCCUCACGCCCACCACACCAUGGCGCCCUGGACUAGCUUGGCGCUGUUGUCCGCACUAGCGGUUAGCACGCUUAGUUCGCCUCGGCCCGACGAAAGUGCUUACAAAAUUCCGCAUGUGGGCACUGGACGACGUUCCCAGUACUAUGUUCAACACGCUGAUGGAACCUUCAAGUACGGCUAUGACACCGGUGAGGGAGCCUUCGAGGGUGCUCGUUCAUCCAGGGUUGGUCAGGUAGAUGGAAACUUCGGCUACAGGGACCCUGAAGGCAACAAUAUUCACCUCCAGUAUGUAGCUGAUGAGGGUGGAUUCCAGCCCAAGGGUGCCCAUCUCCCUGUCCCGCAUCCUGACUUUGCUCGUGCCCACGCUGAGGCUCGUGCUCGCCCUUCAUUCACCGACCCCCUUGCUGAUCCAAACGCCGAUGCCUCAUAUGGCUUCCAGUUCGCUGAAGAAGGUCAGACACGUAGCGAACAAAGUGAUUCAGACGGUAAUGUGCGUGGCUCUUACACUUACACUGACGAAGAAGGUCGCACACGAACCUACACUUACACAGCCGGUCGUGGCACUGGUUUUGUUGUCGAGGGUGACGAUCUACCGCAGGCACCAGAAGUUCCUGCGUCCACUCCAGCAGCGACCAGACUCUCCUCUUUUCCUGCAGCGUUCCCUUCUUCUAGUUUGCGACCUACUUCUCCAGCAUCCUCUGCCUCCUUCAGAGCAUCUACAGCUUCAGGAGCUCCAUCUCGUCCCUUCAGCACACCUUCAGGUACCCCAGCAGGGCCCGUGUCUUUCCAAAGAAGUACUGGAAGCUCAGAUCCUUCUUAUUCUUUUUCCUUCGACGCUGGUGAUCACUCACGUUCUGAGUCUGCUGACGCUAACCUCAAUGUUGAUGGAAAAUUUUCUUUCGUGGCUGACGACGGUGUCAGACGCAGUGUCACUUACGAAGCUGGAAGUGACACGGGAUUCCUGGCUCGAGGCGAUCACCUUCCACGAGCACCACAGUCACACUCCGGGUCUCAAACUACAUCAUCUGCAUUUUCAUCAUCACAAACCCCUUACCGCAGUCCAUCAGCGUCCCUACCUUCUUCCGUCUCUAGCACCCCAACUUUCUCUCGCUCACCAUCUGCUCCACGUCUU